AUGGAUGAGAUGGGGUGCGGGAUGUGGGUAUGUGGAUGGCCUGGUGGUCCCUAGAGAGAAGUGAUGUCGCCAGCUGACCUCCUUUGUAUUGCAUGUCAUCAACUGUCCAUGAUACCCUCCACUUUUUUGUGAACUGUCUGGACUGGCUCACCCGGCUCAUCACAAUUGCCUCCUUCCUUCGCAUUUACUCCCUCUCUCGAGCACAAAUUAGACUACCACGAGCUUGUGAUCAUUCCAUUGCUGGACAUUGCUUCUGGCACACCCCAUUCUGAGCUUUGAUUACCCCCUAAGACCGAAUCUCGUCCGCAUUUAGAUUUUCUAACUUAACGCUCGUGUUCGUGUUCGUGUUCGUGUUUUAAUUUUUCAGUAUUGUUGCUCGACGUGCUGAAGUUUGCACAUUACCAGAGGUAGUGUGGCGAGGAACAAGUUUUGUGGUGUGUGUGUUUCUUGGGUACCCAUUUUGAGCUGCUGAUAGUGAGAGUUUGUCAAGGCAAAUUUUUGAGUGCUCUUGGGAUUACACCACACUCGAGCUUUUGAAGUUAAGGAAUUCUUUCGUGUUGGAGUUCCGGGAAAGAGAGGAACGGGAUACAACCUUGUUGGUAAGGUAUUCAUCAGCAGACACAAUAGUUUUCACGUUGCUGGAAGAAAAAAUUCGAAACAUGGUAAGGACUAGGCCUUCUGGCGAAGCGUUCGGCAGCAACCGCCGAUCGCCUACGCUGAUGAGGCGCCGACGAGAAGAAAUUAACGCCGCAAGAGAUGCUGCGAGUAGUCAGUCUUCUGAGGAGGAUACAUCCCCAUCGAGAUCUCUCAGCAGUUCUCCCACACACAGGGGUGGCAUUGAAGGUUUUUCCGGUCCCGCAGAAGUCACAGUAGAGAAAAAGAAUGGGUUCUUCGAGAUUAAGGGCAACAUGUUCAUGCCUGUCGAUCCCGACAUUACAUAUGGAAUUCUGACGGAUUUCGAAAGGAACCCUGAUAUCUUCAAGACUGUGUCGAAGGUUGAAGUUGAGCACAACAACGAAGGGAAAUUCGUGACUCAACACGCACACUGGAAUUUGAUGUUUUUGUCGGGGACAUUUGAUAUGAAAAUGAAAGUUGAAGAAGAUCCUAGUAGAAAGGCGGUAUCUUAUAAAUUGAAUGAACCUGGAUUUCUGAAAAUGUUCAAUGGCUACUGGGACGUCGAACCUCGAAUGGUCAAUGGCAAGUCGAUGGGCUGCAAUGUGGUGGUUACACAGGAAGUUUUGCCUUCAACGCUCCCACCUGGCCCAUUAUCUUCAUAUGUAUCACGCAUAUUAGGCAAUCAGGUGAAAGAAGUGCUCCACGAUUUAUCUGUGGAAGCUGUGAAGAAGCAGCAGAGUAGACAGAUCUCAGCACAAUGAGUAUCACAUAAAGAAGUUGCAAUGAGCUGUGUAUAUGUAACUAUAUGUCAAAUGAGCGAGACUCCGAACCAUUAGCACCUGGUAAAGUUUGGUUUUCAAAUUUGUCGAACAUUCCUAAUCAUGAUUUCAGUGAAGCAAAAAAAAUUCAUUGUAAUCGUAGGAACGAUAGGUUAAUUUAGAUACAGAAUCUUGUAUGCAUGUAAAAGCAAAUAAUUGCAAUUUUGUGAUACACACGCCAAUACUUUUCGGCUCAUAUUGCAUUUAAA